CAUAACCAGCCAAUCCCUAGGCUCUGCCAAGCAAAGCACAGUCCUGCCCUGAUCGAUCAGGGGCAUUGGCUAGGGUCCUCCGCUGAGGUCACCGUCCCAGCACCGAGUCGCCCCUGCUACCUGAGAUUUCCCCGACACAUCCAAAGUCCAAGAGUCCAAGGCCUGGAAAGAGGUCAAGAUGGGGUUUAUAUUCUCCAAAUCUAUGAAUGAGAACAUGAAAAACCAAAGGGAGUUCACAGUCAUGCACAGUCAACUUCAGCUGGAAAGGCAGCUGACCAUGCAGAAUGAGAUGAGGGAACGACAAAUGGCUAUGCAGAUCGCCUGGUCUCGAGAAUUCCUCAAAUAUUUCGGGACGUUUUUUGGCAUUGCCACCAUCUCUUUAACAUCUGGCGCAAUAAAGCGGAAGAAGCCAGCCUUGCUUAUUCCUAUCGUUCCUCUCAGCUUUAUCUUCACCUACCAGUAUGACAUGGGCUACGGAACCCUUCUGCAAAGAAUGAAAAGGGAAGCCGAAGACAUAUUAGACACAGAAAAGGCUAAGUUGGAGCUGCCAAAAGGAAUGAUCACCUUUGAAAGCCUUGAAAAAAUCAGAAAGGAGCAGAGUCGAUUCGUCAUGGACAAGUGAAGUCACGUGUACCCUCAAAGUACAUGCUACAACUCAAAACACAGAAAUGUUGACUUGAAUCACGGUGUUUACAGUUUUUUAAAUGAUCAUGAUUUUGAUACAAUGCAUUUUUAUUUUAGAAUAUUAAAAUUCAAAAUAAAUUUGUUGAUCUAUUUUAAAAUAAAAUUUCUAAUGCUCAACCAAAUCAUGGCAGUAUUCUAAAUAAGAAUCAAACUUCCUGUGUGUGUGUUUUACAGUUAUCCAAGUGCAAAAUUAAUAAAUUAUAUUGUUCUGAAUUUGA